AUGAUGUUGAAGUUGGGAUCUGUUCCCACUGUUGUCAUUUGUUCUUCUUCCAUGGCCAGGGAGUUCUUGAAAAUCCAUGAUAAUGUUUUUGCCAGCCGACCUCUUACUGCUGCAGGAAAAUACAUUGGCUAUAAUUUCAAGGAUCUGAUUUUUGCACCUUAUGGGGCUUAUUGGAGACACAUGAGAAAGAUAUGCGUGAUAGAAUUGCUGAAUACCAAAAGAAUCGAUUCCUUUAGAUGUAUACGAGAGGAAGAAAUGCUUUUGGCUAUUCGUUCAGUGUGGGAGAUGUCUGGGCAGGGUAAGAAGCCUGUUAAUCUCACCAACUUGUUUUCAUCGUUUGUGCAAGCAGUCGUGGCGAAUCCUUGCCGAUAUCAAAACUUCUAA